AUGAGUUUGUAUACCCCUGGCGAUAAUCAGGGGUCGUUUAUCAUCGACGCGGAUAUCUCGUAUAUCUACGGAGAGCCACUGCAGCAAACAGGAGGAGGACAUAGCUCUCAAAGUCUCGAGGUGGAGAUCCUCGUUGACGAGGUGCAAUUGAAAUUGCAACACACCGUCAAGGUGAACUCAACGUCGAACGAGUUGGAUUUCCCUCUGCAUAGCCUUGCUCCGCGCUCUCAGCCCUACAGCGUAACCCUCAAAGCUACGCGCUCGACCGGUGGCCGUGUAUACACCGCGACCACGCAGGUGUAUCGUCUCCCAGAGCGCACUGAUGGAGGUAGCGUCACAAAGGUUGACAGCCUCUACGGCGGACUACUCGUUCAGAACAAGACCUCGAGCUCUUCUAAAUGGAGUUCCCUCCUCCCAUAUUCCUUCUACGUGAGCUGGGAUGGCUGGCUGGAGAAAUCACUCAGCAAUGUCCAAAAGUUCAAAGACCAGGGGUACAACAUCAUCCACAUUGUUCCGAAUGCUGGACUCGCCAACCAAGCCUUCAAUUUCACCGAACUAAACCUGUUCCUGGAUAAAUGUGACGAGAUCGGACUGUGGGUAAUGUACGAUAUGCGCUGGACAUAUAAGAACCUGACCUCCGUACGCGAGCAGGUCAACAUGCUCAAGACACGGAAGAGUAUGCUCCUCUGGUACACCGGCGACGAACCCGAUGGCCAAGGUGACCCAUUGAACGCAACGAAAAUCACAUACGACCUCAUCAAAUCGUUAGAUCCGUGGCACCCGGUCUCAUUGUGUCUAAACUGCUACAAUUUCUACUACGAAGAAUACUCCUCCGGUGCUGACAUCAUCCUGUCAGACGUAUACCCGAUCGCGGUCAACACCAGUUGGUCCGUCGUCUACGACACAGCCUGCAACACCACCUACGGCUGCUGCGGCUGCGACGACUGCGAAGGAACACUAGACGAUAUCUCCGUCCGACUGGACCGUUUCACCGAGUACCAGUCCUGGAUCGGAUCCGCUCCCAAACCCCUCUGGGGCGUGCCGAUGGCCUUUGGCAAUGAGUCGUUCUGGACGCGGUAUCCCACCGCGGACGAGGAGGUGAGCAUGACCAUGCUCAGUGUGAAUCAUAAUGCCAAGGGCAUUGUGAUGUGGGAUUAUCCGACGAGUGUGGAACUUGCCCAGGUGACUAGUGAACUGAGUCGGGUUCUUGCUGAUGAGGAGGUUGCCGGGUUCUUGUUGGGUGCGCCGACGGUUGCGUUGCGGGCGAUAGGUCAGCAGAAUAUGGAUGUUGCUGGGUGGAGGGUUGGUGCGAGGAUGCUAGUUAGUAUUUUGGCUUUGCAGACGCCUGCGUGGGAUUCAAGUGUGACGAUUGCGUUGCCGGAGGGUGCUCGGGGUGUUAGUAAGGUGCUUUGGGGAUCGGGGGAGUGGAGGGUUGUUGGAGGGCAACUGGUGAAGAAAGGUGGACGUGGAUUGGAGACGGAUUUGGUGAUUGUUGAGUUUGAGGGUGGGCAUUAA